GAAUCAAACAUACACACGCGCAUGCGCUCACAUACACAUAGCUCUUCACUCCCGUUAAAUCUACAGCCCUGGGGAAUCGGAGACACUUGUGGCACAGAGUGAUGAAUCAAGUGCGCACUGGAGGACGCAGUUUCUGUUCAUCACACCGUGAAGAUAUCUACACCUAUACGGUUAUUUACUGAACAUCUCCAAACUUUCAGAGAGACCGCGGACAGAUGUGCUGAUCCAGAUCUGAAGCCAGCAGCCACAAAGGAAAAGAGCAAAACCACUGGAGACGAGAAAGAGAGAAGUGCACUAGAAAGUGAACACGGAGGAAUAUGAUGGAUCCGUUACCUGUGGAUUCAGGAACAGUGGAUGAGUUGGUGGACAUCUGUGUGCAGUCUUUUGACGAUGCCGGUGCAAUCAAGGAUCCUUCAUUUGUUAGAAUGUUCCUCAUGAUGCAUCCCUGGUAUAUAUCGUCCACCGAUCUGUCCAAGAAGCUUCUGCUAAAGUCACAGGAGGGCAGCGAUGAUGAGCUCAGAGCCAAAAUAUGCCACCUCGUCAAGUACUGGAUUUCUGAGUUUCCAGCAGAGUUUGAUCUGAAUCCUGCGUUGGCUGAUCAGAUUAAAGACCUGAGGGAGAAUCUGAACACCGGAGGCAACGAAACACAGAGUCAACUCAUUGAUGUGGAGAGUGUGCCCUCGUAUAAAUGGAAACGACAAGUCACCAAAAGAGUCCCAUCAAUGUCGAAAAGGAGAAAAAUGUCUCUGUUGUUUGAUCACCUGGACCCCUAUGAGCUGGCCGAACAUCUGACCUAUCUGGAGUACAAGUCCUUCUGCAAGAUUCUGUUUCAGGAUUACCACAGUUUUGUGAUGCAUGGCUGUACGGUGGAUAACCCCAUUCUGGAGAGGUUUAUUACGCUCUUCAACAGCGUCUCGCAAUGGAUUCAGCUGAUGGUUCUGAGUAAACCCACUGCACCGCAGAGAGCUGCUGUGAUCGCACACUUCAUACAGGUCGCACAGAAACUCCUACAGUUGCAGAACUUCAACACACUGAUGGCGGUGGUCGGAGGACUCAGUAACAGCUCCAUCUCCAGGCUGAAGGAGACGCAGGCGAACAUCAGCAGCGACACCAAUAAGGUGUUUAACAGUUUGCUGGACAUGCUGACCUCUUCUGGAAACUACAGUCAGUACCGGCGCAGGUUCGCUGAAUGCACUGGCUUUCGUUUCCCAAUCCUGGCCGUCAGCCUGAAGGACCUGAUAGCGGUUCAUGUUGCUCUCUCGGACUGGACAGACCCACAGAAGACUCAAGUCAACCUGACCAAAACACAGCAACUCUACGCUAUCCUGCAGGAAUUAUCCCUCGUGCAGAGCAAUCCUCCACACAUUGAGGCCAACACAGACCUGCUCAAUCUGCUCACCGUGUCACUGGAUCAGUAUCACACAGAAGAGGAGAUUUAUCAGCUCUCGUUACAGAGAGAACCCAGAGCUACAAAACCAGCGAACUCAAGCUCUACCUCCAGUCCAGCUCCUAAAAAACUUUCAAUAAUAGAUGACUGGGCAGCGUCGGUCAAACCCAAAGCUGAUCCUGCAAUCAUCAGCAAACACAUCGAGAAGAUGGUGGAUUCUGUGUUCAAGAAUUUCGACACAAACGGUGACGGCUUCAUCUCACGGGAAGAGUUUGAGUGCAUCAGGAAUAACUUCCCUUAUUUAAGCAAGUUUGGAGAACUCGAUACAAAUCAGGAUGGAAAGAUCAGCAGGGAGGAGAUGAUUGAUUAUUUUAUGAAGGCCAGUUCGUUGCUCAAUUGCAAGAUGGGCUUCAUACACACCUUCAUAGAGACCACAUACGUGAAACCCACCUUCUGCGAUCACUGCACCGGCUUUAUAUGGGGGUUUUAUAAACAAGGAUACAAAUGCAAAGUUUGUGGUGUGAACUGUCAUAAAGCGUGUCACGGACGCCUGACGAUCGAAUGCCGGAAAAGAACGAAGAGCAUCAGUCACGAGACGCCGCCGUCAUUACAGUCCAGAUCCUACAGCUUUCCUCUGCCCAGCAAUGCACAAUCUAACCUGCAGAAGACAGUCAUCACAGAAGAGGAUGUGGAGUCGGCUGAACAGGCUGUAUUUGACUGCCAUCUUUAAACUGCUGGAGAGUACGCUGAGACGUGGACAUGCUGCUACCUGCUGGACUGAAGCUGCAACUGCAACCAGAACAGUCAUUUCUUCCAUUCUCCAGUCUGAAUGUAAACUCAAACAUAUCUCAAAAUAUCCAAGAAAAAUGGUCGGAUUUAUCAUGGCGCUGGAUAUCUUGUAAUAACACUUUCACACACUCAAAAAAAUGCUGGGUUGUUUUAAUGCUGGACAACGAAACUAACAAUUGGCUGGAAAAAUUAAAUCAUGUAAACUAGUGCUGGGCUAAAAGUACACGGUGGCCUUAAAGCAAGAAUGUCGCUGGUUCGAGUCCCGGCUGGGUCAGUUGGCAUUUCAGUGUGGAGUUCUCCCUGUGUUCUCCCUGUGUUGGUGUGGGUUUCCUCCGGAUGCUCCGGUUUCCCCCACAGUACAAACACAUGUGCUAUAGGGUGAUGAACUAAAUUGGCCGUAGUGUGUGUGUGUGUGUGUGUGUGUGUGUGUGUGUGUGUGUGUGUGUGUGUGAGUGUGUAUGGGUGUUUCCCAUUGCUGGGUUGCAGCUGGUAUGGCAUCUGCUGUGUAAAACAUAUGCUGGAAUAGUUGGCAGUUCAUGCCGCUGUGGCAACCUCUGAAAUAGAGACCAAGCCGAAUAAAAAAGAAUGAAUGAAUGAAUGAAUUGUGUCAAAACUACCAUUCAUUCAUUGUUUUUUCAGUUUAGUCCCUUUAUUAAUCCAGGGUCGCCACAGCGGAAUGAACCGCCAACUUAUCCAGCACAGGUUUUACGCAGCGGAUGCCCUUCACUAACCUUUAUUUUGGAUCCAAUUAAUCUUUGCCCAGCCCUAAUUUAAAUUAUCAUAAAAAAUUUAUUACAUUUUAUUAAUUAAUGAAAAAUGUUAUUAAUGUUGGGUCGAUAUUUGACCCAACAUUGGUGUUAAAGGCACAGUAUUUAAGCUUUUUCAUUAAAAAUAUUCAAAACCAACUAUACUCAGUGUCAUAUUUUGCUGACGUAUGCACUUAAAUGAUCCCAAAUGUUUAUACGAAUAUUUAAAUGCAGCGAUAUAAUCAAUUUAAAUUAGUGUGACGGAGUGUGUGUUCAUGCUAAUGAUGUAACACACUCUCAAUUUCCAGUUUGGUUUUCUAGAACCAGUGAAACAGCAGAGAAGCUUUAAUGUUUUAUUAGACGAGCUGCAUUAUAACAGAAGCCUAAAUGUAUUUAGUCUGAUAAAACAGCACCUAUUAGCAUGUUAAACCAAAGCCUAUUGAAGACAAGCCUGAAAUCUUUAGACUAGAAUUUAUACUUCUGCAUCAAGCACACGCGUAUGGUCCCAUAGCCCUCACCGUGGCUAACACAGACGCUGACGCACACCUCUUAAAAAAUGUAACUACAUAUCGCAAUGACACGUAGCGCAAGCUCUGUGAUUGGUCGGUUUGGUAGCUGUGACAAGUGUGGGCGGUGCUGAGAGCCGUGAACCCGAUGGAGCGAGUGUCAUGAGUCCCAUGAAGGAGCUCCAGAUGGAGACUUUUGUUUUGUGUUUACCUUAUGAUUAAAGUUGUUGCACGUCCGCCGGUUCCCGCCUCAAACUGAGCGAGUUUGAGCUACUUGUACGUUAAGGUAGCGUUCAGAAAAAAGAAAACACCUGAAGAAACUCAACACAGAGGAACAUACAAACCUACUGCCAUCUAAUGUUUCAGAAGUGUUAUUGCAGAGCUACACAAACAGAACGCAGUAUAAAUGCACGACUAUGCGCAAAGCAGGCGCCGUGGGUCACGCUGAUCACUCGAUGCAGAAGUAUAAACCAACCAUGCUAAUGAUGAGAAUGCAAGGAAGGAGGCUAAAAGCCGCUAUGUGAUUCAAGAUGUGAUUCAAGUGACCAAGUAAGUCUUACAGAUUUUUUUAAUAGUAAGUAAUGCAGAAAACGUCUGAUUAAACUACGCCUUUGUUUGUUGCGAAUACACGCCCUCUAGUGGCGAAAGUUAUACACUGCACAUUUAAAACAACCCAGCACUUUUAGAGUAAGUUUUAGAGUAAGUAAAAUAAAAUAAACAGAAACUAAGAUGAAGAAUAAGAAAGAAAUUGUUAGAUAGGACAGUAUUGAGACAAGAAGCGAAGUUGGAGAGAGAGUGGGGUAGAGUAGGAAAAUGUCCUCAAGCCUGGAUUCGAACUCAGGACGCCCUGACGUGAUACUGCACCAUAUGUUGGCACACUAAGCACUAGGAGUUGUUUAGUCUUUUAGCACGACUAUAUAAUGAAGAGUGAGUGCUUCUGUUGACCAUGUUCGGGGUAAUGUUUUAAAGUACUUUUACUAUAGUAACAAUAUUUUGUUAAUGUUGCUAAAUCGGUGCUUGAUGUCAUCAAAGGAAUGACGGAAAUGGUGGCAUACAGUAGAUCUGGUCUGUGUGUGUGCAUGUGUGUGUGUGUGUGUGUGAGUGCAACUUAAAUAUAGUUAUUAAUAUGCAACCAGCUGUAAUGUUCUUUAAACCUUUAAAUUUAAUAUAACAAAAUGGGGAUAACCCUAAUUAAUGUUUCUUGAGAGAGUUAACCGCAAUAAAAGAUGAUAUUUAUUUCAACUGUACUGUAUUUGGUGCAUCAACUUUUUUUUUUUUUGUGAAUCUAUGUAUGUUAAACAUUACAUAAAAUGAAGGCUGUGGAAAUAUUGUGCGUAAAGAAGAUUCUGAACAAAACCAAUUUACUGUUUUUUUCAGUGAGAUAUAAGCUUUAAUAACGUCCUUUGCUAGCCACACUAAUCUGAGCAUUAAAUACUAAUCAAUACAGAGUGUGAAUUAAAUCUAAACGCAUAAAGGAUAUGAUCAUUUGGAUGUUAAAAAGACAUGGUUUUAAUCAUCCAGUGUUUGAUCUCUAAUCCACCAUACAUAUGUAUAGAUAAUGAGAGUAUGAAGGCUGCGUUAUAUUAAACAUCAUCCUGAAGUCAUUAUAAUAAAAUAUAAUAAGAUAAGACGUGACACCUUCAUGAGGGAACAGUGUUUUUUGUUGAUGUUGCUGAAUUCAAAUCAAAUGAAUCUUUUUGGGUUGUGAUAAUAGUUUUUGUGGUUUUAUAUGUUCAAAAGAUGUGAGUGAUCUUUUAAAUAAGUAAAACCUGUUUGUGGUUGUGGUUUCGCAAAACUAGGUCCAUGUUUCAGAUUAAAAAUACUCCUCUUGUUUUAUUUCAUUAUGUAAUGUAUGUUUGUGUGUAGCAUUGAAAAUGUGAUUUCCAGAAAUCUUCCAAUGAUCUGAGAAAUCGUACACUUUGAAAAAAUGCUGGGUUGUCAUAACCCAACACUAUAAAAAAUGCUGGGUUCCACACAAUUCCUUUAUGUAUUCCAAACACAAAUUGAUUAAUUCAAUUUAAUUGUUGAGCUUAUCCAUAUCAUCCUGCAGCUCAAGACUGGUUACUCACUGAAGCUAAGCAGGGCUGAGUCUGGUCAGUACCUGGAUGGGAGACCACUUGGGAAAGCUAGGUUGCAGUUGGAAGUGGUGUUAGUGAGACCAGCAGGGGGCGCUCAACCUGCGGUCUGUGUGAGUCCUAAUGCCCCAGUAAAGUGAAGGGGACACUAUACUGUCAGUGAGCGCUAUCUUUCAGAUGAGACGUUAUGUGGUCUUUAAAAAUCCCAUGGCACUUUUCGUAAAGAGUAGGGGUGUAACCCCGGUGUCUGGCGUUUUAAACCCACUCAAAUUUUGUCAACCCACCUAUGUGAUUUUUUUUUUUACCCUCACAAUCAAAUUCAGAACCAGGUGGAAAACCUUCCAAUCUGGCUACACUGGCCAUACAUGAUAAACGUGCUACAUAAAUACACAUUACAUUGCAUUUACAUUACAACUUAAAACAAUUAAGUUGUCCAAAACAACAGCUCAUUUUGAAUUAGUUUGAACAAGCAGCAAAAAAAAGUGUGUGUGUUUGAAUGUUGGAUCAAAUAUGGACAAACCCAUAUUUAACCCAAACUUUGGGUUACAACAACCCAGCUUUUUUUAGAGCGUACUCUUAUAUGACAUUUAGUUAUUUAUCCCCCCCUCCAAAAAAAGCUGGGUGAUGUAACCCAACACUGUAAAAAAAUGCUGGGUCCAACAAUUCCUUCAUGUUGUCCCAACCCAAAUCGAUUACAUUAACUUAAUUGUGUUUACAAAUUUAAGUGGAUUGAAAAUAAAACAAUUUAGUUGUCCCCAAACAACAUUCAAAGAUUUUGUUGAUUCAACUCAUUAUAAGUGAGUUUUAUAAGUAGUUUUAACAAGCAACAAAAAUCUUUGUUUGAGUGAACGUUGGGUCAAAUAUGGACAAACACAUAUUUAGGUUACAAACAUUAAGUUACAACAACCCAGUUUUUUUAGAGUGUACUCUUAUGUGACAUUUAGUUAAGCAUGUAACAUUGUAACUCUCAACAAAAUAGCUGGGUUUUUGUAACCCAAUGCUGGGUUCCACACAAUUCCUUCAUGUUGUCCCAACACAAAUUGAUUAACUUCAUUUAAUCGUUGAAAUUAUCCAUAUUACCAUGCAGCCCAAAACUCACUGAAGCUAAGCAGGGCUGUGCUCGGUCAGUACCUGGAUGUGAGACCACUUGGGAAAGCUAGGUUGCUGUUGGAAGUGGUGUUAGUGAGACCAGCAGGGGGCACUCAACCCGUGGUCUGUGUGAGUCCUAAUGCCCCAGUAAAGUGAAGGGGACACUAUACUGUCAGUGAGCACUGUCCUUUAGAUGAGAUGUUAUGUGGUCAUUAAAAAUCCCAUGGCACUUCUCGUAAAACUGUGUUUCAAAACUGCCAAAAUUUUGUCUGGCAAUUGCAAUACUGGCUAUACACGAUAAAGGCACUAUAAAAAUACAAAUUACAUUUACAUUACAACUUAAAACAAUUAAAUUGUCCAAAACAACAACUCAUUUUAAAUUAGUUUGAACAAGCAGCAAAAGAAAUAAAAUUGUGUGAAUGUUGGGUCAAAUAUGGACAAACUCAUAUUUAACCCAGACUUUGGGUUAUAACAACCCAGCUUUUUAAGGGGUGUACUCUUAUAUGACAUUUAGUUAUUUAUCCCCCCCAAAAAAUAAAAAAAAAGCUGGGUAAUGUAACCCAACACUGUAAAAAAAAUGCUGGGUCCAACAAUUCCUUCAUGUUGUCCCAACACAAAUCGAUUUCAUUAACUUAUUUGUGUUUACAAAUUUAAGUGAAUUGAACAUAAAACAAUUAAGUUGUCCCCAAAGAACACUCACAAAUUUUGUUAAUUCAACUCAAUUUUACAAGUAGUUAAAAAUAAGCAGCAAAAAUCAUUUUUUGAGUAAACGUUUGAUCAAAUAUGGACAAACACAUAUUUAACCCAACAUUAGGUUACAACAACCCAGUUUUUUUAGAGUGUACUCUUAUGUGACAUUUAGUUAUGCAUGUAACGUUGUAACAGUCAACAAAAUAGCUGGGUUUUUCUAACCCAAUGCUGGGUCAAAUAUGGACAAACCCAACCUUUGCGUUAAAAAGUGCAAUUUAUGUUUAAUGAAUUUAUCCAUAUUUGACCCAACACUAGGUUAUGACAUCCCAGCAUUUUUUAGAGUGAAUGAAUAUGUUCUUGUGAUGGUGUUUUGUACAGAUGGUCUUUAAUGAUGAAAAGAGAGAGGGAGACGUGCAUGAGAAUGUAUUUUAGAUAUAAGUACAUUUGUGAAAUUAUGCUUUUUUUCUGUAACACAAAAGACGGCUUUUAUUCUCGGAGGUAAAUGAAUGUAUUUUUCUCAUGCAAAUACCUGUUUAAAUGUGCAAGUCUGUAGGAAUGUUUCAGUGACAAUAAAUAUGGCUUUUAAAAUAAAA